AUGGCGGUCGUGUCGAGUGGUGUGCAGUGUGAAAUAUUUGUCAUAGGGUCAGAUGAAGACAUGGGGGAGUUGUUUCAUUGUCGGCAGAGUUUUUCGGAGGUGAGAAUAAACGAGUUGUUUGCCAAGCUGGAAGACCGAGUGGACAAUUCCAGGGCUUCAACGCCAAAUCCUCAGUCGACGGCAGUGGGGUGUGCUUCUACUUCGAUGCCUGUCGUUGCACCCAGGUGUCUCCUACCUGCAGCUCCACCUGUUCUAGCAUCGGCAGAGAGGUCACCUGGUUUGAUUACUGGUCUUGUUGGGGUGGGGCCAUCCAGUUCUGAGUCCCACCAACAACCGCAGCAUUUCUCUACGCUCAAUCCGGAAUCAGUGAGCCAACAACCAGAUGAUCGACACACCUUCGGCUACCAAGGAUUACACGAGGGCAAUGCUUCUGCUGAAUUUGUGAUUGGUCAAUCUUUCCAGACUAAGGAAGAAGCUGUGAUGAGUGUUAAGGAUUAUAGCAUUCGUCGUGGAGUUCAGUAUCGGGUUAUGGAAUCUGAUCAUCUGAAGUAUGUUGGGAGAUGCAAGGAGUUUGGAAAUGGCUACAACUGGAUCAUCCGUGGGGCAUUUCGGCAGCGCAAGGGUAACUGA